UGCGUCCAAAUUGGAAGCGUGGAGGGGAGGAGCUCCGAUUGUGCGAGGAGUAGGCCGCGCAAGCCUUUUGCAGUUACCCACGCUGCAAGUCAGAGCCUCCGGGAAGAAGUGAAGACCAGGAUCGGCCAACGAAAAGAAAGGCAGGAAACAAGGGUAUCGACUUUUUCUGGUAUCUAAGGUGGAGGGCACGAGAGGGUAAGCGCUUGCUCCUGAUUGGUCCGUGGACAUCAGCAAGGCUCGGCGCAGCUGCUUUGAUUGGUUGGUGCUUUCAAUUGUUGUGGCGGCGGCGGCGAUUUUACCCACGUACUUCCGAGCGGGAGGGCGGGGCCGUGCUGGCGUGCGUGCGCUGCGGCGCCGGGCCCCACCCGGGAGUUUCAGAACCCGCCAGGAGGCGGGGCGAAGAGGUGCUUGUUUUGGUUCGGAGCAGAAGGCCGGAAGGGACAUAUCGAAUUUUGCUGGACUUCGACAGAAGGCUGCGAGAAACUCGCUACGGUACCUUCUUCGUCUUGGGCUUCGCAUCCAGAUUCUCCCCCCACCCCGCGUGAUCUGUGCGCCGCCGAGGAUUCUCAAACCUUUUAUCCGGGUUCUGCCGUUCCCGACGUGCUUAGCGCACCACAGUAGCCAACACCCCCCUCCCCCCGCCUCAUCCGGGCUCUCUCCCAGCGUGCCUCGCGCCGGGUUUGCUGGGGGCUGCUCGGCGCUACCGCCAUGACUAUUCUCCCCAAAAAGAAGCCGCCUCCUCCCGACGCCGACACCACCAACGAGUCGCCGCCGCCCGGCCCACUGCCCCCGGCGCCGCGCCGCGGCGGGGGUGUGGGCGUGGGCGGCGGCGGCGGCCCGGGCGUGGGCGGCGGUGACCGCGAUCGUGACUCGGGCGUCGUCGGGGCUCGUUCCCGGGCCUCACCACCGCCCCAGGGUCCGCUACCAGGACCACCAGGAGCACUUCACCGCUGGGCGCUGACCGUACCCCCGGGCGCAGUGGCAGGUCCUCGACCGCAACAGGCCUCUCCACCUCCAUGUGGAGGCCCUGGAGGCCCCGGAGGUGGUCCGGGUGACGCGCUGGGAGCCUCGGCGGCGGGUGUGGGUGCAACGGGUGUGGUGGUGGGCGUGGGUGGUACUGUAGGUGUGGGCAGCUGCUGCUCUGGGCCGGGGCACAGCAAGCGGCGCCGCCAAGCCCCCGGGGUUGGCGCGGUUGGCGGCGGUAGUCCUGAGCGGGAGGAGGUCGGUGCGGGCUACAACAGCGAGGAUGAGUAUGAAACUGCUGCAGCGCGCAUUGAGGCCAUGGACCCUGCCACUGUUGAGCAGCAGGAGCACUGGUUUGAAAAGGCACUGCGAGACAAGAAGGGUUUCAUCAUCAAGCAGAUGAAGGAGGACGGCGCCUGUCUCUUCCGGGCUGUAGCUGACCAAGUAUAUGGUGACCAGGACAUGCACGAGGUUGUGCGAAAGCACUGCAUGGACUAUCUGAUGAAGAAUGCAGACUACUUCUCCAACUACGUCACAGAGGACUUCACCACCUAUAUAAACCGGAAGCGAAAAAAUAACUGCCACGGUAACCACAUUGAGAUGCAGGCCAUGGCAGAGAUGUACAAUCGCCCUGUAGAGGUGUAUCAAUACAGCACAGAACCCAUCAACACAUUCCAUGGGAUCCAUCAAAACGAGGAUGAACCCAUCCGUGUCAGCUACCAUCGGAAUAUCCACUACAACUCGGUGGUGAAUCCCAAUAAGGCCACCAUUGGCGUGGGGUUGGGCCUACCAUCAUUCAAACCGGGGUUUGCAGAGCAAUCCCUCAUGAAAAAUGCCAUAAAAACAUCAGAGGAAUCAUGGAUUGAGCAGCAGAUGUUGGAAGACAAGAAGCGGGUCACAGACUGGGAGGCCACCAAUGAGGCCAUUGAAGAGCAGGUGGCUCGGGAAUCCUACUUGCAGUGGCUCCGGGAUCAGGAGAAACAGGCCCGCCAGGUCCGUGGCCCCACUCAGCCCCGGAAAGCCAGCGCCACGUGCAGUUCGGCUACAGCUGCAGCCUCCAGUGGCCUGGAGGAGUGGACCAACCGGUCCCCGCGGCAGCGGAGUUCAGCCUCAUCUCCUGAGAACCCUGAGCUGCAUGCUGAGCUGGGCAUUAAGCCCCCUUCUCCAGGCACUGUCUUAGCUCUUGCCAAACCUCCUUCACCCUGUGCACCAGGUACAAGCAGCCAGUUGUCAGCAGGGGCCGACCCGGCCAACUCUCCUCUUGUGUCCCUCUACCCUGCUCUGGAGUGCCGGGCUCUCAUUCAGCAGAUGUCCCCCUCCGCCUUUGCAGGUCUGAAUGACUGGGAUGAUGAUGAGAUCCUAGCAUCGGUGCUGGCAGUGUCCCAACAGGAAUACCUAGACAGUAUGAAGAAAAACAAAGUGCUCAGAGACCCGCCCCCAGACAAGAGUUGAUGUGGAGACCCAGGGACUGGAGGCCGUCUCCCAACCCCACCACUUCUGCCCUUUGGUGCCACCCCCACGUUCUUUGGCUUUCUUCCCUGUUGCCAUCUUCCCUUUGCCCUCUUGAGAGCCCCUCCUCUGCCUCGCUCUCAAUUCCCCCUGGCUGGCCCACCCCUGUGCCGCCCCCUCUCAUCGCUGCCGCCACCACCGUCUCUGUCAGCUGAUGUGCCCUGUUGCCCCCCGCACAGCAUCCUCCCUGCAUUCCACAGGGGACUUGGGCAAGGGUGCCGAAUGUAGGUGAGAGGCAUGCGGAGAUACCACCUGGCAGCCAGGCAGCCCCAGAGGAAAGGCGUUCAGACAGAGCAAAGGUCUCACUGUUCAUUCCUUUCGAGAUCAGAGGAAAAACUUGUUCCUCUGCCCCCGAUGAUACCAGGGAGGUGGGGGAGAGAAGCGAGGAAUCCCCUUCCCAGUACCCCAAGAUUGUCUGAGCCUUCAAUGUGGAAUUUUUCUUUAUUAAAUUUUACUUUUAUCUUACAAAAUGAACUAAUCCAAAAUGAUGUAGACAACAGCAUUGGCUCUAUGGAGGUGGCAUCUCUCUGGUUUGGGGACAGGAAGGCUAUGUGUGUGGAGGGGACACAGGUGUGGGUGCUGUGGGAACUGAGCUAGGGGUGGGUAAGCACGUGUCAGACUGGAUGUGGACAAUGAGACGCUGGCCUCCCUGCAUUCCUUUAGCUUCUCCCACUACCACCAGUCUCUUUGGAAUAUCGGGACUGGGGGGAGGCAUCUUCGGGGAUCAUAGCCGCCACCCAGGAUUUGAGCGUGGGGAGUGGGAGCAGUCUCAGCAGAUGGGCACCUGUGUCCUGCAGGUGUUGACAAGAUCUGCCAUCUGUAUCGUCCUUGGCACAAUAAAACCAAAUGUCAGUUUCCCA